AGAAGAACCACCACUGUCAAUUAUUAUAUUUCUAUUUCUUUCAAUAUCAAACACUACACAAUAUAAUAACAGCAACACACAUGGAAGAAAUAAAAAGGGUACCGAUUUGGAGCUUUUUGCAGAGCGGCAGCAUGCGGUGGCUAUCGUGCGUGACGGCUGCGCCUGGGGGGAGAUCCGUGGUGGUUAGAUCUGGUUACGGUGUGGUGCGGCGGUCAUGGCGGUUUCAGCAGCAUCGCAUCACAGAGCUAUUCGCGGUGGUGCUGACUGUCGGCUUCAUCGGUAUCGGAGCGGUUGUGCUUGCGGCUGGAUCCGGAAGUUCGACGGAGGGAGUAGCUACUGGGCUGGUAUUAUGUUUUCAGAGGGGCUGGUAUUAUGUUUUCAGAGGUUUUUGUGACGAUGAAAGUUUCACAUCAAGAGAGGUUGAUUGUUGGGAAAAAGUUAAAAUUUGGUGGUGAUAUUUUUCGUACGUGAAAGCAUGUAAGGGUUAGAAAUUUGUAGUGUUUGUGGCUGAAGUGUGAAUUGGUGAACGGUAAAAGAAGGGUAUCAGGCCAAAAAUAAGGGUUAUUAGUUUAGAGAUUGUUCGUGGGAACGGUGCGUUAGUGGUGGUCCAUAGGUUUAGGCAUUGUCUCUAUUUAUAUUAGAUGAACAUUAGGUUAGAAUGUUAGAAAAGGAAAAUAUCAAAAUUAAUGAUAAUUAAUCAAUAAUAAUCAGAUUUUAAAAUCAUGUUUGAUUUGAUUUUUAAAUCAUGUUUAUUUUGAUUAAUCUCAUAAAAACUAUUCUAAAAUAACAUGCAAAUAAAAUAUUUUUGAA